UGACCGAACGGUCCCGCGCCGGGACACGGAGGGAGAGUUUGGGGGCGAGACGUGGAUAUAAACUGGUUCCGGUAAUGUUGAACGGACUGAACCCACCACGCGUUGUCGGGCGGAUUGACACAAGGCCCGGCGACAUCGGGACGGUCUGUCGGUCUGGCCUCUUCCGCGGUCGUCGCUUCCCGCGCAGCUGAGACGCCUUGUUGUCCUCUGAAGGACCCCUCUCAUAUCCAACAUGGCGGCGGCCGUGCGGGUGUGCUGUGCCCUCCGCGUCACAGUCGGAGGUGGAGCACCGCUCCUCCGUACCAUCGUGGGAGCGGCUCACUUUUCCCAGCUGGCGAGUCGAGCGUCGGUCCAGAGGAACCCUGCGCUGCCCCCGUCCCCCGCCUCGGCCUGGCAGCAGACCAGGCACGGCAGCUUCUUCAACAAGUUGACGGCCGACGAGCUGUGGCGAGGCGUGCUGGCGGAGACAGGCGCCGGUGGCCGGAAGGGCCGAGGGAAGCGAACCAAGCGCAAAACGAAGAAGGACCUGAACCGAGGACAGUCCAUCGGAGAAGGUCGAGGAGGUUUCCUGUGGCCCGGUCUGAACACAAUGGUGGCGAGGGACGGCGUCCGGCAGGGCAUUAGUCAGAGAGGCGAUAGUGAGCAGCAGGAGGUGCAGGCCGAGUUCGAGCGUCAGAGGGACGAGUGGGACCGGUGGAGGAAGAUGAAGGUGAAGAGGGAGAGAGGAUGGACGGGACGAUCCUGGGGGGGCAUCAGCCUGGGCCCCCCUGACCCUGGACCCAAUGGAGAAACCUACCAGGACUUUGACUCUCGUGUCAUCGAGUUGAAGACUGUGUUCAACAUGACGGCCAAGGAGGGCAGGAAGCGGUCGAUCAGCUGUCUGGUCGCCGUGGGCAACGGGAAAGGAGCCGCAGGCUUCGCGUUGGGUAAAGCAACAGAUAGAAAAACGGCCAUGAGGAAGGCCAAGAACAGAGCCAUCCACUACUUGUACUAUAUUCAUCAAUACAACAACCACACCAUUUAUCACGACAUUGAUUCCAAGUACAAGAAGACGACGCUGCGCAUGAAGAAGCAAAACGAAGGUUAUGGUCUGCGCUGCCACCGGGCCGUCAUCACCAUGUGCAAGCUGAUCGGCAUCCAGGACCUGUACUGCAAAGUGGAGGGAUCCAUCAAUUACCUCCACAUCACCAGGGCGCUCUUCAAUGGCCUGGCCAAUCAGGAAACCCACCACAAUCUGGCGGAGAAGAAGAAGCUCCACGUGGUGGAGUUCCAGUCGCAGCGAGGCCCGCUGCCCCUGGUGGUGGCAACUCCCAGCGGCGGCGUCCGACCGGACCCGGAGUCCGAGGACGACAUCCUCAACACCCGGCUGCACUGGGACGACGUGCGGGCGGCGCAGGGAACCAAGCGCUCGAUCUGGGCAGGAGUCAAACGCACCAUCUGGUAGGAGGCGGGGAGCGGCGUGACGAUCGGACUGACAGAGACCAGAGGCGUCUUGAGGGAAGGUCUGGUUUUGACUUUAUCUGUGGAACAAGAACUUGUCUUUUUGUUUUUCCCGAAGCAGAAUGUUCCGUUGUUUAGUUUUCCUGAUUGUGUUGUCGGCCAAGGACGUUACACGUUAGUCAAACUGAAGACUUCUCCCGAAUCCUCCAGAUGCACCUCACGAAGAUCAAUAUUCACACUCGGUGAAAUAUUAAUGCCCUAGAUAUACAAUGUUUCCUUUAUAAGUGUAAAAAAAAAUUGUUGGAUUCUUUCUGAAAUACAAUAUGAAUAAAGCAUGAAUCUGUAAAAAAAACAAACGACAACUUGCGUUUCUGUUUCUGAAGCAAUAAUGCACAUUUCAUCUGUAAAAUAAUAAAUUGACAGAGAACCUG